AUGGACGGUGUGGAGACAAACCGCAUCGGGCUGCAGGUGUCUCCAUGCUCUGUGUGGGGAAGUCAGGCCUCCUCCACCUGCACCAUCCGCACCCUGAAGAAGUCGGACAGCGGCCUGUACUGGUGCGAGUCCAGACACCGGGACAGCAGCCACACCGUCAACAUCACCGUCACCAAUGGAGACGUGGUUCUGCUCGGGCCGGUCCUUCCUGUGACGGAGGGAGAUGACAUCACUCUGACCUGUCAACUUAAGAGCACGCCGGUUUCAAAUGCCGAGUUCUUCAAAGACGGAUCUAAGAUGGCGUCUGAAGCGGGGCUGGUCCUGCGUAACGUCUCCAGGGUCCAUGAAGGAGGAUAUUCAUGUAGAAUCAACGGAGUCACGUCUGAGACCAGCUGGCUGCUCAUCAGAGACGUGUCCGAGCCGGCGUCUCUGAGCGUGAGUCCGGACCGGUCUCAGGUUCUGGAGUACCAGUCGUUCAGUCUGAGCUGCAGCAGCUCGGCUCCAGGAUGGACCAUCAGACGCUUCUCUGACAUCAGCAGGCAGACGUCCAGCUGCGGGGGAGACUGGGGCGUCCGCUCUUCUGCGUCUGUCUGCAGACUGCAGACGGCCAAGAAGUCUGACAGCGCCCUCUACUGGUGUGAGUCUGCCACCAUGCGGCGGAGCAACACGCUUCAGAUCACCGUGUAUGACCUGCAGCAGACAGUGGUGGUCCUGCAGACUCCGGCUCUUCCUGUGACGUCAGGAGGAAACGUCACUCUGACCUGCUUGACCCGGAACCCGCCCGCUGCCUCACCUGCUUUCUACAGAAACGGUUCCUUCAUCGGGACCGGAUCUCCAUCCUUCACCCUGCCGUCCGUUUCCACGGACGAUGAAGGUUCCUACCACUGCACCACGGAAGGCAGAAACUCUCCACUCGAAUGGCUGUCGGUCAGAGCUCCUCCAGAUCCAGAUCCGGAUUCAUUUUCUUCUCCUCUUCGCUCAGUCCUGUGGAAAAUCCUCUACGCUCCAGUUUCCAUCUUUUACUUCAUCCCCACCUGCGUCUUCAUCUACAAACUCAGACACAGAGCCACAGGCUGGAGCCCAGCGGGCCGGACCAGAACCUCUGGACCCAGACGGGCCGCAGCAGGUGGAGCAGCAGGUGGAGCAGCAGGUGGAGAUGACUAUGAUGACGCCAUGGCUCCUGGCACCACUGAGCAUCAUUUCUGAAUCUCAUUUUUAAUCUCUGAGCUCUAAAUGUUGUUUCUAUAUAAUCUGUAUGAAGUAUAAAAAAUAAAAUAUAACUUUUUUAUUUUCUUAA